GAUAUUCCAUCGAAUUCGUUCAGUAUGCAUAUCGGCUCCGUCUGGUUACAAAUCGGAGGAUCACUGAUAUUCGGCGGAUACGAUCAAAAUCGACUGGCUGGCGAGGUGCUCGCGUCAGACGGGGAUUACACUGAUAACCCCAUCACCUUGAGAGACAUCAGCAUCGAAGUUAUCCAGGGCGACGGCCUCCUCGCUGCUGGAAAUAACUCGAUCCAGAACGGACUCCUCGUGUCAAUCGACGGCUGUGCUCCCUACAUCACCCUCCCGAAAUCAACAUGCGAUAACAUCGUCUCACACCUCCCAGUGACAUACGACACACAUCUCGGAUUGUAUUUAUGGGAUACGGAAUCGGCAGCGUAUACACGAAUCGUCUCCUCGGCGUCAACACUAUCCUUCACCUUCCUCUCCGGCACCAACACCGAGCCCCUAACGAUCCGCGUGCCUUUCCUCCAUCUCAACCUCACACUAUCAGAGCCUCUUACAGAAAAGCCAACGCCGUACUUCCCGUGCUUCAACAGCGGGUCUGGUAGAUACGCCCUGGGAAGGGCAUUCCUACAGGACGCUUUCCUCGGCGCCAACUGGGGCCAGUCCAAGUGGUGGCUCGGCCAAGCCCCGGGUCCCAACAUUCAGCUUUCCUCCAGCGUCGUUGCUAUUGAAGAAGCUGAUACGGUGAUCAAGACAGGGGAAAAUGACUGGGAGGAGUCGUGGAAAGGGGUAUGGAAAGUUCUGGGACCGGACAAUGAUAGUGGGACAAGCCCGACCGAGUCCCCGGCUGAUAAUCGCCAACCAACAUCCGCACCCGCAACCACCAUCUCGACCGGAGCUAUAGCUGGUAUAGCUAUUGGCGGUGCGGCUGUGCUUGUUACAUUUGGCCUGGGAAUCUUUUCCUGGCGUCGUCGAAGCCGAAAGAGAGGGAGGGAAUCAACAAAGGAAAGGGAGCCACCACAGCAUAAACAUGACGGCUCACAAUAUGAUUCUCGACCUCCUCCACAGACGGAGCCAGUGGAGGUGUACGGAUCGAUUCCAACAUAUAAAGGGAGAAACAAAAACGGAAAGCAAUUAAACUCGCUCGAAGAUCCUCGCGCCGACCGCGUUGAGCUGCCUUAG